AUCAUCAGCAGGAAUGUAUGAGAUUGAGCAAGUAGUACUACAAAGCCGUCCAGGGAAAACCAAUCCUCCAUCGGAGGAAAAUUUUGCAUAUGCAAAAGCACCACCAAUCGAAUCACAGCCAAUAGAAUGCAAAGAUGGAGAGAUCGUUGCAAAAACACUGUAUCUCUCGGUGGAUCCUUACAUGCGAGGUCGUAUGAAUGACCAUAUAGGAACGACACUCAGUCACCUUUCUUCAUACAUCGAACCUUGGUCGCUUGGAGAACCCCUUUCUGGCGGAGGAGUUGGAGUUGUAGUUGAAAGCAAAUGCGAUGGAUUUGUGAAAGGAGAUAUUGUGCAGGCUCCAUUUCCUGGUUUUUGGCCGUGGCAGAAUAAUGUAUUAUUUCCAUCUGAAGUCGAACUUACCAAGGUUGAUAAUGCAUAUCUGAAAGAACACCCAUCUCUAUUGCUGGGAUUGUGUGGACUAACUGGUGUAACAUCCCUUAUUGGGCUGGAAGUUAAAGGUCACAUUGUUCCUGGCAAGAACCAGACAGUUGUUGUUAGCGGUGCUGCAGGAGCAUGUGGUGUUGCUGCUGGCCAGAUUGCAAAACUGUUGGGGAGUGGCAAGGUAGUUGGAACAUGUGGUACUGAUGAGAAAUGUCAGUAUAUCAGGGAACUGGGAUUUGAUGCAGCCAUCAACUACAAGACUACCACUGACAUGCGAUCAGCCUUGAAAAGUCACUGUCCAGAUGGCAUUGAUGUGUAUUUUGAUAAUGUUGGCGGUACAAUCAGUGAAGAGGUGAUACGACUAAUGAAUAAAGACAGCCAUGUUGUUGUAUGUGGUCAAAUAUCAUCGUAUAACAAAGACAUCCCCUUUCCAAACCCCCUAAGUCCUGAAGUCCAAGAAAUUGCAACAAAACAAAAUGUCACCAGAGAGCUAUUCCUUGUUCUGAGGUAUAAUGACAGAGUACCUGAGGCUAUGCAGAAGUUGACCCAGUGGGUACAAGAAGGAAAGCUCAAGAGCCGUGAAACUGUUGCAGUCGGGCUUGAGAAUACAGGAAAAGCCUUUGUAUCCAUGAUGAAUGGAGGAAAUAUUGGCAAGCAAAUAGUGAAAGUCUCUGAUCAUUAAUACAAGAAUUGAUGAAAAUGAUAUUUAAAAAAAAAUCAUUUCCCCAAGCAACCAUGUAAUAUUCUGACUAUCAUAUAAUUAUAUAUGAAAGUAAAUUUUGGCAUAGAAUACCUUUCACUAGUUUUUUUUAUUGAUUGAUUAAUGUGCAGUUCAAUUGUUUAUUCAAUCACCACAAUAUUCUUUUCUGGCGGCUUGGUGCAACGACGUCAAAACAUUAGACAUAUCGAGCCAUGAGUGAUAUCCUGUAUAGUUUCUCAAUUUUCUUAAAUGCCUGACUUCACGCUCUAAGAGCGUUUGGCUUAUAUGAAAUAUGCAAAUUCUGUGAAAUUUAAAUAAAAUAGACCUCAAAGGUCAUAUAUAAACAACACUGUAUCAUAUCUGGUUAAUUAACAUUU